AUGACCAAGUCCAAAUCAAAAGACAAGAAGUCCGACUCCAAGCACAAGGACAAGGGCAAGGAAAAGGACAGAGACGAUGACAGGGACCGGGACAACAAAGACGCCUCGUCCAAGGGAAGAGACAACGAACCGCGCCGCUAUCCGUACUGCAUUAGUGCAGCGUCGUAG